GCAGAAUAGGUACGCGUGCUUUCCUUUGUUUGUACAAUUUUCAGCGCAAUUUCCCAGAAAUGGUUUGAUUAUAUAAUAAAUAUGAAAAAUUCCUCUAUUUUUAGUUAUUUUUCUCUUCACUGCGAUCCUUUUGUGCUCUGUUUGGCUGCGUAGAAACGCGAACUUCUGAUUCUUGUUGUUAAGAAUUGUAAAUGGCUGAUGAAACAAUGAUGAAUGGAGAAUUUUCUGAUGCUCAGUCGGUGGAAAUUGCUGGGGAUGAUGAUUCGGCGAAGAUAUCAGGUCUUACUGAAAAGAUCAGUGAUCUUGAGCGAGAAAAUGGGAAAAUUAUCCGGCAAAAUGAGGAUUACAGGCAGAAAAUCGAUGAACUGAAGGCAUCGAUUCAAGAAUUGAGCAGUGAGAAUGCGGAGAGCAAGAAAGAGUUGGAAGAAUUGCAAUCGGAGAAUAGGAUGUUGGGGGCGGUGGCAGCUCGAGCAGCAGAGCUGGAAGCUGAGGUGUCGAGGCUGCAGCAUGAUUUGGUGUCCACGAUGAGUGAUCUGCAGGAAUCGAACGCUGAAAUCUCCGACUUGAAGAGGGAUUUGGAGGGAGCGAAAGAGAGGGAGAAGGAGAAGGAUGUUGAGUUGGAUGCCAUGGGGAAGGAGAGAGACUUGUUGCUGGCUAAGGUUGGGAAACUGGAGGAAGACGAAAGCAGUUUGAGGGGUGAAUCGGAGGGCAAGGAGAAGGAGAUUCGGAUCUUGAAGAAGAAACUUGAGGAUCUAGAAGUGGUUGUGGAAAGCAAUAAGGUUCUGGAGAAGUUGAGGAGCGGUUUGGAGAAGACGGUCGAGCAGCUGAGGGGCAAAAUCAGUGCCCUAGAGACUAGUUUGGACGAGAAGCAGGAGGCGAUCACCGGGUUCGAGACCAAGGAAAGAGCAGUUGCAGAGAACUUUAUCAAUGGCGAUGCUUUGGUUGAUGGUGAAACGAGAGGAUUAGGUGGGGGCUCGAACGAAAAGAAGUGGUUGCUGGUCGGGGGCUCGACCAUUGCUGCUGUUGCUGUCAUGGGGGUCGCGUGCUACGUGCACGCUGCAAGGAAACACUGAUUCGAACACUCGUAGAUGCUCUGUUCUUGGAAGAAAUUGGAGGUUAGGAGGAUUUGUUUCUAUCCUAGUUGAUGAUGAGUUUCAAUUUUGAUAGUUGGUGCUUUUUGAUUUUUUUUGUCUUCAUGGAGCUUGGCUACAUCAGUUUUAUCCUGUGUUUGGUUGCAUUUUCUUGGAAUAAUGCUUGAGAAAAUGCUCCAUGCUGUUUUCUUUUGUGGAACUGCAUCUAUCAAGUGUUAGGUUUGAUCACACUUUGACUAUAUUGAAUGAAAUAUUGUUACAUUUUAGAAAAA